ACCACCACCUUCCCUUCGAGCUCGAGCCUAGCUAUAGCGCGCGCCACCUGUCCCGGCUGCUGGUGCUGGGUUGAUCCUGCGCCAUUCCGGCAGCAAGCGCGCGAGAGAGGGACUAGCCCUAGCUUGGUGACCAUGGGCUCGGUGCUGCCGGAGAUCGCCGCGGAGGGCAAGGGCAUCCUCACGGACGCCUGGGACAGCAAGGGCCGUCCCGCGGCCCGCUCCACCACCGGCGGGUGGGGAUGCGCUGCCAUGAUCCUAGGCGCGGAGCUGUUCGAGCGGAUGACGACGCUGGGCAUCGCGGUGAACCUGGUGCCGUACAUGACCGGCACCAUGCACCUCGGCAGCGCCGCAGCCGCCAACACAGUCACCAACUUCAUCGGCACCUCCUUCAUGCUCUGCCUCCUCGGCGGCUUCGUCGCCGACACCUACCUCGGCCGCUACCUCACCAUCGCCGUCUUCUCCGCCGUCCAAGCCACCGGUGUGAUGGUACUGACAAUCUCAACGGUUGCGCCGGGGCUGCGCCCGUCGACGUGCGGGGACGCGACGGGGCAGAGCCCCGACUGCGUUCCGGCGAACGGCACGCAGCUCGGGGUGCUGUACCUGGGGCUGUACAUGACGGCGCUGGGGACAGGCGGGCUCAAGUCGAGCGUGUCCGGGUUCGGGUCGGACCAGUUCGACGAGUCCGACGACGGCGAGCGCAAGAAGAUGAUGCGCUUCUUCAACUGGUUCUACUUCUUCGUCAGCAUCGGCGCGCUGCUCGCCGUCACCGUGCUGGUGUACGUGCAGGACAACAUCGGCCGCCGCUGGGGAUACGGCAUCUGCGCCGUCGGCAUCCUCUGCGGGCUCGGCGUGUUCCUGUGCGGCACCAAGAUGUACCGGUUCAAGAAGCUCGUCGGGAGCCCGCUGACACAGGUCGCCGCCGUGACGACCGCCGCGUGGAGCAAGCGCACCUUGCCGCUUCCGUCCGACCCGAGCAUGCUCUACGACGUCGACGAUGCGGCCGCCGCCGGUGAGGACCUCAAGGGCAAGCAGAAGCUGCCCCACAGCAAGGAAUGCCGAUUCCUAGACCAUGCGGCCAUCAUCGACCGGGCAGAGGCGGCGUCGCCGGCGGAGGCGAGCAAGUGGGCGCUGUGCACGCGGACGGACGUGGAGGAGGUGAAGCAGGUGGUGCGCAUGCUGCCGAUCUGGGCGACCACCAUCAUGUUCUGGACCAUCCACGCGCAGAUGACCACCUUCGCCGUCGAGCAGGCCUCCCUCAUGGACCGCGGCAUCGGCGGCUCGGGGUUCCUCAUCCCAGCGGGCUCCCUCACCGUCUUUCUCAUCGGCUCCAUCCUCCUCACCGUGCCCCUCUACGACCGCCUCAUCGCGCCCGUGGCCCGCCGCAUCACGGGCAAUCCGCACGGCCUCUCCCCGCUCCAGCGCGUCUUCGUCGGCCUCUUCCUAUCCAUCGUCGGCAUGGCCGCGGCGGCGAUCGUCGAGCGCCACCGCCUCACGUCGUCCACUCACGGGGUCACGCUCACGGUGUUCCUGCUCAUGCCGCAGUUUCUGCUCGUCGGCGCCGGCGAGGCGUUCACGUACAUGGGCCAGCUAGACUUCUUCCUGCGAGAGUGCCCCAAGGGGAUGAAGACCAUGAGCACGGGGCUAUUCCUCAGCACCUGCGCGCUCGGCUUCUUCUUCAGCACGGUCACAGUAACCAUCGUGCACAAGGUCACCGGCCACGGGCCACGGGGCAGCGGCGGCUGGCUCGCCGACAACCUCGACCAGGGGAGGCUCGACUACUUCUACUGGUUGCUCGCCGUCAUGAGCGCCAUCAAUAUCAUCUUUUUCACGAUGGCGGCAAGGGGCUACGUGUACAAGGAGAAGCGCUUGGCCGAUGCCGGCAUCGAGCUCGCCGACGAGGAGGCCAUGAUCGUCGGUCACUGAUCGAUGCAUGCUACUUGCGGUUCUUCUUUUUCUCGCUUCUCUGGUGUGUAUUGACUUGUUUUUGUGUGUAUUCGGUGGCGUAUGCAUAAUGUAUAUUGGCAAGGUAACCAUACAUACAGUUUGUUUGUACAUGUGGGUACGUUUUCUUUUCCUUUCAUUAAACGGGUUUGCUAUUUCUCAAUAGACUGAGAAAUAGGUAUAGCUCAAUCGAUGCUAUAGCCUUCAGAUUA